AUGGAGUCCAUACGAAUGCGUGUGAGUUAUUUCAAAGUUCCUCAACUUAAAUCAUUGAGUAGAGCAUGCAAACUUAGUGCCAACUACAAGAAGGCAGAAUUAAUUAAAAAUUUGGAAAAGUUUUUUAUGACGUUAGAAAAAGAUCCAAGUCGAUUGCAAAAUAAUGUAGCAUGUUUAGCAUAUUUAAUUGACAAAUGUGAAGAUGGUGAACCAUUACCACCAUUCAAUGAAUUGAUUACUGCCAAAUAUUAUAAUAAAAGUUUGGAUUCGGUACAUACUAAACCGAAACGUCCUACAUACGGUAAUUCCGGUGCAAGUACAACUCUGACAUCAAGAGAUAAAGCAAUAAUGAGUCCCUAUGCUAACACUAUACAUUUUGAGGAAUCACCGUUUUAUAAAUUGGAAAAAUUAGUACCUGAAUCAGCUCAAAAGAUUUAUGUCACUAACGGUAGAGGAACGUGUACGAUUAAGUUUCAAUUGAAUAAAGAUGAAUUUCAUUCAUUAAAGACAGAUCAAAAAUCACGGUUAUAUCUAUUAUGUGGGAUGGUUAACGUCUUAGGUACAAGAGGUAAAGAAACCAUUCAAUUUCCAAGUCCUAAUGAAAUUCAAAUGAAUAAUCAAAUUGUUAAGGCAAACGUAAAAGGGAUAAAAAAUAAAAAAGGUACUACAAAACCUGUAGAUAUUACACCAUACUUAAAAAGUGAUAACAGUAUUAACAUUUUCCAAUAUAUUUAUGCAUUUACCACAACAGAAUACCUAAUAUAUUUAUACAUUGUUAAAGUUAUUGCACCAGAGGAAAUUCUCAAACAGAUUUUAAAACAACCAAAAAUAUUAAAGGCUGCAACGUUGUAUUAUUUAGAACAAACUAUAAAUGCAGAUGCAGAUGUAGAUGUAGAUAUUAUUACUACAUCGGCUGUCAUGAGUUUGAAUUGCCCAAUAUCAUAUAUGAGAAUGAAAUAUCCUGCCAAAUCAAGCUCUUGUAAGCAUUUGCAGUGUUUCGAUGCAUUAUGGUUUUUACAUUCUCAAUUGCAAAUUCCAACAUGGCAAUGUCCUGUAUGCCAAGUUCCAAUUAAAGUAGAACAAUUGGCCAUUAGUGAAUAUGUUGAAGAAAUCCUGCAAAAAUGUGAUAAAAACAUAGAACAAGUGGAAUUGUUUAAAGAUGGUGGUUGGGCACCGAUUUUUGAUGAAAAUCAACGCGGUAGUGAUUCUGAAUCUGACGGAGAAACACCAUAUAACGUUAAGAAAGAUGAAAAACCAACAAUUUCUGUCAAUACAAAACAUGAAGUUGGAGAACCAUUUGUUAUCUCAUUGGAUAGUGAUGAUGAUGCUGAAGGGGAACAUUCAGUUAUAAAUGGGAAGAAGGUAAUACAAGCUAGUACACAGAAUGAUUCUAGAACAAAACAGAGAACUUUUAUCGAUAACAAUAAUAGUGAUAAUGUUAAAUACUCUAGAAGUUUGGACCCCAAGGGAACUCCAGUUACGCCAAACACAAAGAGUUUUAAUUCAGAUUGUAGUUCAAAUAAGUUGAAUUAUGCAGCAACUAAAACUUCUUUCGUUGUUGAUGAUUCUUCCUUGAGCUCUAAUUACAGCACACCACUUAGAGAUAAGGAUCUUGAAAUGCAUCAUCCUAGUAUAUUAUACAAACAAAUCAAAUUUCCGCAAUAUUUACAGAGUAAACCAUUGUAUAAUCAUGCUUCGAACAGCAGGUUAAAGCCUAAUCCACAUGAGGUUAUUGAACCGGCAUCAAACAUUGGGAGGUUAUCUAGUAUUUCUUCUCAAUCGACGGUUAUUAUAACAAAUCCUUCGAUGGCUUUGUCGGACCCGCAAGAAUCCAAUCCAAUGAAUGAUGUAUCUAACGAAAAUGAUAUAUCAAAUACAUUAAAAGAUGUUUCUUUUCCAUCUUCUAGAAUACUGUCAGGAACUGGACAGGAGCAAGCCCUGAAUUCUGGUGUGAAACGACCAGAAGGAGAAGUUCGUAAAUUUCCAACUAUUCCUCUUUUACCCUCUCUUAAAAAUGGCGAUACUAUAAGAAAUAGUUCUGAUAAAUUAUCUGACUCAACACAAAGUUAUGAAAAAACACCUUUUGUUGAAUCUUCAAUAACAAUGAAGCCAAUUGUGGCACCAUUCCAACCUAGAAGAAAUUAUUCUACCACUAUUCCUCAAAAGAGACAUCUCUCCAGUUCAUCUGUUUCCAGCAUACCAAACAAAGAGGACAAUCAUUUAGCAUAA